AUGUUUGGUGAACUGCUUAUUACUGCAACUGCAUGGUGCAAAAAAUCAGGAAAAGCUUGUAAAGCUACAUUUGAAUAUGCUAGACCUGAAGCUUAUGAAGCUUUUUUGAAAUCAUUCUUUUUUGAAGAAUCUUCAUAG